AUGUUCGAAGUUGGUGGGAAGUGUCUGGCGUUCCAUGGGCCAAUGUUGUAUGGGGCGAAGGUCUUGCGGGUGUGGGAUCCCAAGAGUAGGAAGGUGUCGAUGAUGGAGGAUGGUCAGGUUGUGACUGUGGAGGAUGACAAUGAUGAGGGUGUGGACAAUGUUCCCUCAGAGCUUGUGGAACAAGAGUGCUAUUUUGUGCACUAUCAGGGAUGGAAAUCGACGUGGGAUGAAUGGAUUGGACCGGAUAGGAUCCAUGAGUAUAACGAGGAAAACUUGGCAUUGAAGAAAUCUCUAGUUGAAGAAGCUAGAAACGCCAAGAGGCUGCAACAGGAACAGCACAAGAAGAAGAAGGGUACCGGUCUAGGACCAGGGAGGAGAAGUAAGCACGAUAUUGCCAAGGGAAUUACUGCGGGCAAGAAAGCUGCAACGGCCACUAAUGGUGUGAGCAAUGCUAAUAAUACUACCACAUUGGGGAACCCAGAGGAUGGAGCGGGGCGAACGUGGAGCCAAAGUGGUAUUGGAGCAGCGGUGGGCUCAUCAGCAUCUCAGUUUACCGCACCACGUAUUGUGCUACACAUUCCGGUCAAGUUGAAGUCGCUGCAGGUAGACGACUGGGAAUUUGUGACCAAGGAUAAGAAGAUCUGCCAAUUGCCCUCGCCAACAGUUACUGUAGAUAAAACGUUGACCUCCUACGAAGAAGCGAUGAGCAAGAAGCUUGAAUCGCCCGCUUUGCAAUCGCAACUAUCAGAAUACUGCUCAGGUCUGCGAUUAUAUUUCGAAAGAAGCUUGCCCAUCCUGCUGCUGUAUCGAUUGGAGAGGUUACAAUACGAUGAAGUGCUCAAAAAACAGAAAUUUAAAGACGUCUCAUUCUGCAACAUUUACGGACCAAUUCACCUUCUCAGGCUCUUGAGUGUCCUGCCAGAACUCAUGACUGCGACCACGGCGGACUCUCAAAGCUGCCAGUUGAUUGUAAAGCAGACGGAAUCCCUAUUUGAAUGGCUGGUAGUCAAUAUUGAUGAUCUCUUCGACUUACAAAACUGCAGGGGCUACUAUAUAAAUACUUCAAGUCAGUACGAAGGCGUAGCAUUGGGUAUGUAG